AUGUUGACAUUGCAUUUGAUACUUGGGCUUGUCUACACUUUGCUGUUGCGCGCCAGCACUGCCUUCAACACAACCGAGCACGCCAUGAUUUUCGACGAGGUUUUAUUGCGCACACUACGCCAUCAUCGCAUUUCAAACGUACCGAUUUUCAUAGGCGCUGAAGAUAAACACCACACUGCGUUCAUGACUAUAGUUGACAGCUUGGAUAGACGCCUCUUGGCCGCGCGUUAUAUCUUCACUGCCGCUGACAACUCAACACCACCCAGCAAUACGUUACGUCAUCACAUAGCAAACGAUGCGUUGAGCGUGGUUUUAUGUGAUACGCCUAGCGACCGCAUUUGGCGCGUUGUCGAUCAGCGUUUGCGCAAAUUACGCGCAACUAAAGUGGUUGUAGUUGCUACGACGGUAAAGCUUGAACCCAUGGAGAUGUUCGCCAAACUCUGGCAACUACAGUUCCUGCACGCCAUACUACUCCACAACCACACAAUUUACCGCUAUUCGCCAUUCCCGCAUUUGCAGGUUUUUCGUGUGUCGAAUCGGAGCGCCGAUCUCUUUCCGCCCGCACCCACCGAUCUGCAGGGCUAUACGAUCUCAACGCCGGCCGAAAAUGAUUUGCCGCGCAUCUUCUUUGUAGGCAAUCAGCAUAUACGCGGCUUUGCCUAUCAGAUAUUCAUAAGUUUUAUGCGUCGCAUGAAUAUUACGCUGCGCAUCAGCAAUCUUAAUGAGGUUCACGACAUUAUGAACAGCGUUAAUAUGAGCACAAUAGUGCAACAACUAGCAAAGCAGGAGCUCGAGAUUUCCCUGCAUCCGUAUACGAGCAUUGGUGAACAUCAGGGCAUUAUGAGUUAUCCGAUAUUCAAGUUGGAAUGCUGCCUCAUAGUGCCAGUGCAAAAUGAGAUUCCACGCUGUUUUUAUCCGCUACGUCCGCUCAAAUGGGACAGCUGGAUUGUUAUAUGCAUCGCAGUGGCCUAUAUCUCGGUGGCGCUUGUGUGGACCAGUCCUUGUGUACCUGGCGAUGCUCCAUUUCUUACAAAGCUAUCGCGCACAUUUCUCGAGAGCAUAGCACAAGUGAUGUUUUUGCCUUCGACCUAUCAAAGCCAGCAGACGCCAUCACUGCGAUACUUGGUGGUCUAUUUACAGCUGGCGCUUUUCGGGUUCCUACUCACCAGCUGGUACAAUAACUUGUUGAGCAGCUUCUACACCACCAUACUGGUGGGUGAACAAUUGGAUACAUUCGAGUCGUUGAUCGAGGCGCAGUUGCCCAUCUUAACCAAGUUUCAUGAGAUCGACAUGGUUUUAGAACAGGUGCCACCCGAGCUCGUACCCAAAGUGACGAAGCUUAUAAAAGGUGCGAAUUCGAGCGUACAAAUGGCGCAUCUACUGAAGUCCAACAAUUCCUAUGCAUAUCCGGUUACUGAGGAGCGUUGGCGUUUCCUCUCCUUACAAGAACAAUAUUCUAAUAAACCCAUCAAUCGUUUUUCGAAAAUAUGUUUGGGCAGUCCAUGCAUAAGCUAUCCAAUGCGUUUGGAUUCACAUUUGGAACAACCUCUAGCGCACUUAAUACUGGAUGUCCAAAUGGCUGGAUUGGAUAUUUACUGGCUGACCUCGGACUUCAACGAUGCAUUGAAGGAAGGCUAUGUGAAGUUGGUGAAUAAUGUGUUGCCUUUCAAAGCUUUGAACUUGUAUACGCUUUACGCAGCUUGGAUUUUAUUGAUUGGCGGUCUGAGCUUAGCAUUCUGUGUGUUUCUUAUAGAGAUACGAGGUACGUCUGGAAGUGAAACAUUGAUAAAGCACAGAGGAGAGGAGAAAGUAGAACAGCGUUCAAUGCAAAGCAAUCAAGAUGGUUUUAAGCAGCCUUAA